GAGUUCUUCCAAACGCUCCCUAAAGCCAAAAUUACUAACUCAACCCGACACCACAUGUUAUAUAACCUAAAAAUGUAAACCCUAGCUCUUAUAUUCCCCAUUCAUUUUCUGUGUUCGUCGGCGCUCCAAAUUCCAGCUCAAAGAAAUAAUCGAAGAUGAGUCGAGGAGGCGCAGUGGGUGGUCCCAAGGGGAAGAAGAAGGGAGCGACGUUCACGAUCGACUGUGCGAAGCCGGUGGAGGAUAAGAUCAUGGACAUCGCCUCGCUGGAAAAGUUCCUCCAGGAGAGGAUCAAGGUCGGCGGCAAAGCUGGUGCUCUCGGCGACUCCGUCACCGUCUCCCGCGAGAAGAACAAAAUCACCGUCACUUCUGACAGUAACUUCUCCAAAAGGUAUUUAAAGUACUUGACAAAGAAAUACCUAAAGAAACACAAUGUGCGGGAUUGGCUUCGGGUUAUCGCAUCCAACAAAGACCGGAAUGUUUAUGAACUGAGGUACUUCAACAUUGCCGAGAAUGAGGGCGAGGAGGAAGAUUGAUAAUCCAGAUCAGUAUUACUCAUUCAAGAGACUCCAUUAUCUGAGUAGCCUGUAGUGCUUCUUUAUGUUUAUGCUGCCUGUGUGGCAUAGUUUUUACAAUUUUGCUUGCUCAUUAGAGAUAUUGCGUAAUUGCUAGUGUGGCAUUGGGAUGUUAUGACACUCUGUGGGAGUUAUAUUAAUGUCAUAUGCGUACAACUGUUGUGAAUU